AUGCAUCAUGUAGUUGAGAACCACCACAAGCCAUACAACCAUCUUAUCCUCACUAAGGCCUUUGGUAAAAAAUACAACAUCCAGGAAAUCAAGAAGAACGUAGGCUUGCUUAAGUCCUCCACUGUCAAGGUCGAGACCGUGCGGCACGACCUGGGCGGCGCCAACGCAAAGACCACGCGGCCUGAUGGUCAUCUUCACUUCGACCACAAGUACUACACCGCGAAGACAGACCGUGAACGAGCUGGAACGCUUAUCCACGAGUCUGCUCAUUCGUUGUUUAAUACGCACGACCAUUUUACGAAUGACCGUGAUCAUAGCAAAAUUCGUGCCAUUUCUUCAGGCGAGAAGAAGAGACUGGAGGCGGCCCACAAAGCAUCGAAAUCGCAGGAUCACCGUCCUAUUACGCUUUCAGGCUAUGUCAAGCAAUCGGAUUAUAACACACUCAAAGCGAAGGCAUCCCAUGUCAUGCACCACAAUUCUGACGCGUACAAGGUUCUCGGGCAUCUGUCGACAUACGGACUUCUUGCGCCAAUGGACAAGGACAAGAAACGGAAGCACCCAAUGGUCGACAACCACGGAAUACCCUCCAAGCUAGUCAAACAUGGAGGCUCUAUGAUCCCGAUAUCAACUAAGAAACUGUCGGACAAGAAACACCCUGUCAUCAACCCGUACACCUCUAAGCCGCUUGGCAUGCCGAAAACACCUUCCGAGCAUCACAAGCAUAGUCCUGGAUCUCAUGUCCACAAAUCAGGGUCCCACCCUCCUUCCAAAAUACCGGUUCAUAGUGGCCUUGCCAAAAUUCGCCAUGAAAAAGCGAAGGCAGAGCGACUAUCUCCGGACGCUCGUCUCAGACUAUACAGCCAAGUCUCCCAUGGUGCGCAUCAGAACAGCCACAUCUUGGAGGCUGGAAAGCACGCGCAGAACUCGAGAAACAAAGGCGUUGUUCGCGAGAAGCCUUUGCCUCCUCUUCCUCAUGAGACUGACGCGCAUGCCGCGCAUCAACAUAACAAUCACCCGGCCGCGCAUGCGCACGCUGCUUCUCAACACAAUCACCCUACUACGACGCCAGGAUCUCGGAGUCAGUCGCGUCAGGGUGCCCAUCCCCACGCCCCUUUAAAGAGGCCGACUUCGCCGCCACGCGGCCCUCGCGCGAUGAGUCCUGCUAAGCGCCCAAGCUCUCAGAACAAAAGGCAUUGA